GGGAAAACCGGGCUAGGCCUUGCCUGUAAUUACGCCGCCACCAUGUCGAAGUCUGAGGGAUCGUCCGAUUACGGGUGCGAUAUGUCUCCUCACGAAUCCCCCAAAGAACCCGAACAGCUACGCAAACUGUUCAUUGGAGGCCUAAGUUUCAAGACAACAGAUGAAAGCCUUCGCAAUCAUUUUGAACAAUGGGGCACACUUACAGACUGUGUGGUGAUGCGAGACCCAAACACUAAGCACUCCAGGGGCUUUGGAUGUGUCACUUACUCGGCAGUGGAAGAGGUUGAUGCUGCCACGAAUGCCAGGCCCCACAAAGUUGAUGGGAGAGUUGUUGAAACAAAAAGAGCUGUAUCCAGAGAGGACUCUCAAAGGCCUGGAGCCCAUUUAACAGUAAAAAAAAAAAAAAAAAUCUUUGUUGGGGGAAUUAAAGAAGAUACAGAAGAGCACCACUUAAGGGACUACUUUGAACAGUAUGGCAAAAUUGAAGUUAUUGAGAUAAUGACUGACCGUGGCAGUGGCAAGAAGAGGGGGUUUGCCUUUGUUACUUUUGAUGAACAUGACUCUGUGGACAAAAUUGUCAUUCAGAAAUACCAUACUGUGAAUGGGCAUAAAUGUGAAGUCAGGAAAGCCUUGUCAAAGCAGGAAAUGGCCAGUGCCUCAUCCAGCCAAAGAGGUUGUAGUAGCUCUGGCAGCUUUGGGAGUGGACGUGGAGGUGGAUUUAGUGGUGGUGAGAACUUCCACCAUGGCAGCAGCUUUGGUGGCCGUGGAGGGUUUGGUAGUCGCAGUGGCGGAGGUGGUGGUGGUGGCUAUGGAGGCAGUGGAGAUGGCUACAAUGGGUUUGGCAAUGAUGGCUAUGGUGGUAGUGGCCCCGGAUACUCUGGAGGAAGCAGGGGUUAUGGCAGCAGUGGCAGCUAUGACGGCUAUAACAAUGGAGGUGGCGGCUUUGGUGGUGGCAGUGGGGGAAGCAGCUUUGGAGGCGGUGGAAGCUACAAUGACUUUGGCAGUUACAACAACCUCUUUGGGCCCAUGAAAGGAGGAAACGUUGGAGGCAGGAGCUCUGGGCCAUAUGGUGGAAGUGGGGGUGGCUACGGUGGCUCUGGUAGUUGCAGUAGCUAUGGCGGCGGAAGGCGGUUUUAAUUCCUAGGAAACAAAGCUUAGCAGGAGAGGAGAGCCAGAGAAGUGACAGGGAAGCUACA